GUGUUUUCAGUCAGAUGCUGUGCACGAAUGUGUCCGUUCAAGUGAGAUGUCUGCUCUUUCUUCAGACAUGGAGGCUCAGAAUUCAAACCUAACCUGUGUCAUAUGCCUGGAUCGUUUCCGCAUCCCUGUCACCAUCCCCUGCGGUCACACCUUCUGUAAAAACUGCAUCACCAUUCACUGGGACACCAAGAGCAAGUCAGACAUUGGCCCUCAGUGCCCCAUCUGCAACGAGGAGUUCCCCACCAGGCCCAUUCUCAAGCGAAACGUGUCCCUAUCGGUCCUGACCGAGGCUGCCAACAGCACCAACCCCUCCUGCAGAGAGUCGCUCAUGAGGGGAAGUGAAGGGGCCAGAGCCAUGCUGCUGUGUGAUCGUCAUAAAAAGCCUCUGGUUUAUUACUGCAGGCAGGACAAAAUGUCUGUGUGCUGCGAAUGUGGUAUCUCAGAGUGUGUGAACCAUGAAAUGGUCAUGUUGGAGGCAGAAAGGGAAAAUCAAGAGCUGCUGCUGGAAAGGAAGAGUAAGGAGGUGGACAAACUCAUUGAAGAAACACAGAAAAGCAUAAAUGACUUGGCCGAGAAUAUCAAUCAAGCUAAGGUGACUCUUCAGCAGACUUCAACUUGGGUCAGUGUCAAAUUCUCCACCCUGAUGAAAAUCCUGGCUGACAAGCAGGAGGUGACAGAGCUCUUCAUUAAGGAGCAGCAGGAGGCUGCCAUCACGGAGGCGGAGGCACGACUAGCUGAACUAGAAGAGCGCUCCCAGAUACUCAGGGAGAGCCAGGGCCAAAUAGCAGCUCUACAUAACCUCUCUGAUACGGAGCUCAUCAGGGAAUCAUUGCACGUAGAAAUCCCCCGUUUCAAGGAUAUUCCCACAGAAGUAACGCCAAACCUGCAGGAUCGAUUAAACGGCGUCACAGAUGUCCUGUCCCGAGUCUCUAAGCUGGUGUCGGAGGACCUGGACAAAGCUGUGAGCACCGCCGUGGGUCACGACAAAGACGGUUCCCCUCAGGAUAAGAGGCCAAUACUGGCUGUUGUUCCCAGUCCAGCUGCUCCGUGCCACCCUGGUGGGAAGGAGGGCCUCAGCGCUUACCGAUGCUCUCUGACUUUUGACCCUCGCACGGCCAACGCACACCUGUGUCUGUCGCAGGAGAACCGGAGGGCGGAACACCUGACGUCCGGGCCACGCCCCGUCCCCGCCCAUGAAGCUCGCUUCGAUCACACCUGGCAGGUGCUCUGCUUUCAGGGCUUCACCCAUGGACAACACUACUGGGAGCUGGAGGUGUCCAAACCCUGGGCCUACCUCGGGGUGACCUACGAGACCAUCCCCAGGAAGGAGAAGGGCAAGAGGUGCAUGGUGGGUAUGAACGAACUGUCCUGGAGCCUGCAGCUGGACGAGCAUCAGCUCAGCGCCUGGCACAACGGCCGGAGGGAGACCCUGACCGGCCACUCGCAGCACAGCCGCAUCGGCAUGCUGCUGGACUACGAGGCGGGGACGCUCACCUACUACGGAGACGGGCAGAACAGGCUCCACGCCUUCCACUGUGCCUUCACCCAGGAGCUGUUUCCCGCCUGCUGGAUAGGAGAGGGCGUCAGCAUCACCCUCUGCUCCACAUGAGCAACUCACAAAGGAGGUGAAGACGGGAGCUGAGUUAUAGGAAGCACUACAGACCGUGGGCACAAGCUGACUCAACAUAGAGGACCCCCCUGCCCUAACCAUUUAGCAGCUUUUUAAAGUCUUUUAUUUCCUCUUUUACAACAGCUGCCUUCCUAUGUUGUUUUAAGCAGAAGAACCGCCUGUGAUGGGCUUUACUUCCCCCAAAACCUGCCCCUUGGCUUCGAUUUAUUCCUGACCACAGCUAAGGAAGUGGUAACUGCUCCUGAAGGGCCUUACCAUUUAAGUUCACACUGCUUCAUUCUGGUUUGUUUUCUCUUUAAAGUAUGUAGAAAUUAAUUUUCGAGAGAAGUCCGCUUUCCGACCAAUCUCAACUAGUCAUGUCAGAACUUUGUACUUUCACAACAAAAAAAAAUAGUUUUUAGUGUUGCUACUGCGAGACAAUGAGCACUUACUACAGGUGGUUGAGCUGACAGGCAAAUGACUCAUCAUGAACAACACUGACUCACAACGAUCGACACACAUGCUGGAUGAAGAGUUGCUAAUAUCUGAGUGACCGCUCAGAUACAGAAAACAAAAGUGUUCUUUUUUUUUCCCCCAGACUUACGUAAUGACACGUGUUUGAAUGAUGAAGUUACUGAGGAGCAGGUGAGUGCAUCAGUAACCGUGGAUCCAUCGUGUUGUGGUGCUAUGACUGAACAGACUCCUCCUGCAGUGUUUUAAGUGUAAUAGACAGAUGUUGGAGUGGCAAUCUAGGACUCAACCGUAACAGGCUGACAGGACACUGCAAACCUUUGUUGCUCAUACGGUACAUUUGUCAGAUUAACUGUGCCUGACUCCAGUAUACUUUAAAGAAGUAGAAUUCUUAAGAGAAGAUGGAUGGCUUUCUAAUAUUUGUAUGUUCAAUGGAAAGCCUCAUGUGUUGUUUUUACACUUAAGUUUUAGUAGCGAUGAAAGAAAGUGUUCUAGCUUCAUGCUUAUCAUAAAGAAGGAGUGGCAUCGAUCUAAUGAGCUUCUCAAGAUGUCUUGUACUUUCACAUUUUCUGCCAGAGCUGGUGCUCAAUCCUUCCCUUUAAAAAAAAAAAAAAUCAGUGUGGUUCCUUUAAUGUGUGGAUUGAAGCUCCACCUGUUCCACACAGUACAUGUCCACAUGUAGGAAGUCAAAGCAGCAAAGAUAAAGGGAAAUUUUUCUGUAUUACAAAAAGCCACAUCAGGCAAAUCCUCCUGGCCAUGCUUGAAUUUCAAAAUUGAACCUUUUAAGUCCAACUAUGUAGGCCUUGAGAAAUAAAAGCUAAAAAAAAAAAAAUGCUCAAGCAUGCCCAAACCUCUGUGCUUUUCAGAUUUUAGUAGCUUUCGUGCGUGUGCAGGACUCGGCCCACAGCCAGAUGUGAGCCAGUGGGUCAUGUGUCCAGGACAACAAGCUGCUGCUCCAGUUGGUGAGACUUUGUCCUGUUGAAUCCUCCCACCUGUUGCACUACAAGUGAUGUGGGUGAAACGAAAAUGUUGUGUUGCUGCUCACGACUACUGAGAAUACAGAACUGAAAUGGAGCAACAUUUUAUCAUCUUGGGAUCUUAUUAUGAAUGCACAAAUGGUCCUGACUACACGUCAGGCUAAACCUGUGAUGCUGACAGUGUUGUGCUGGAAUCUGCUGUACUGUCCAGAUGGUCUUAGCAGGUUUUUUUUGGUGCCAGUUUUUUUUUUUUUUUUUUUUGAAGAUCAUGAGCACUUACAAAUCAUAGUUGUGAACUUUGGUAUGCUGAGGUACUUGAGGCUCAGGACAUCAUGCAUCAGUUUUUGGGAAACUGCUGUGGAUUUGCACAAGUUGAAUUAAAGUGCAGACGAGGACUACUGACUGACUGAGAAAUGACAAGCACAUUUUCAGUCUUUUUGGCCUAAUGGCAUAAAAAAAAAAAGAAUCAUCACCCCUCCUGCUGACUCUGGAAUACAUUUGUCAAAUAUGGUAAUGCACUAUUCUGUGUUCAAAGUGGACAUUUAAUACCCGUCAAUGUGUGACAGCAAUACUCUGUAGAAAAAAAAAAAAAAAGACGGACAGUUCUGUUCCACAUGAAUCAUUUAAUAAAAUCCUAUCCAAUGCA